AUACACCUACUGAAUGGAUUCUACAGUGGAGAGUAAUUCAUUGGAUGUUAAUGGGAUUGGUUUUCUUGCUCUUGUUAAGUUGUUGGAUCAAAACUGUUGAGAUUAAGAAUAUUUAUUGGAUUUUGUAUUUGAGUGCAAGGUGGUUUUAUUAACUUCCAAUCUAGGAAAAAGACUUCGAACCAAAUUGAUGAUCAGUGUGUAUAUCCUUUCACCCUUUUUAACCUUUUUUUGAGAUUUUAACCCUACAUGUCUCACUUAUUCUGAGACCUUGAUGCCUAGUUGGUUACUACGAAUUACUAUCUGCAACAUAGCCGGGUCAGAAAACAAAAUAUGAUGCUGAGUGUGUUCAGUGAAAAUGAGCUUUACAGUAACUAUACUUACGGGUGAAAGUUUUGUGGGCCUGUGCUGUUAAAACAGUUGUUAUCAGUAGGGCUGUGGGUCAGAAAUACACAAGUGUCCGGUUCUCCGAAUUUUGAAGCAAUUCACCUUUGAAAUUUCACACACCACAUAUGAUUUUUUGGAUUCCGCUGGUAUUGGGCUUAUUUCAGCUUCCUGCCAUUUUCUGCACAUCAGGCUGCUUCUUGUAGUCCAACAUAUCUGCUCCCUACGUUUAUAACAUGCCGUCAAGGUUAAUAUUUGUGGUACUGACCAUAGAACAGAGCAGAGUUUGUGGUUAAUAAGAAGGCCUUAACCAAGAUUUAGAGCAAUUAGGUAGGUAGAAACCUUUCUUCUCCUUCGAAUCAAACUCAGUAUUUGCUUCAAACAAGACUAGAUGACUGUGGAUGAAGUGGAUAGUAGCUCUGAGUGGAGCAGAGAGCAGGAUAAGGCAUUUGAAAAUGCGUUGGCAACUCAUCCGGAGGAUGCUUCAGAUCGAUGGGAGAAGAUCGCAGCUGACGUGCCGGGGAAGACUAUAGAGGAAAUCAAACAGCAUUAUGAACUCUUGGUUGAAGAUGUUAGCCAGAUUGAAUCUGGUUGUGUGCCUUUACCAUCUUAUAAUUCUUCUUCAGAGGGCUCAACAAGCCAUGCUAGUGAUGAAGGGGCUGGCAAAAAGGGCAGCGGUCUUGGGAAUUUUAACAGUGAGUCUAAUCAUGGGACUAAGGCUUCAAGAUCAGAUCAAGAAAGACGGAAGGGGAUUGCUUGGACGGAGGAUGAACACAGGUUAUUUCUUCUGGGAUUGGACAAGUAUGGGAAAGGUGAUUGGCGAAGCAUAUCAAGAAACUUUGUGGUGACAAGAACACCUACACAAGUUGCCAGCCAUGCCCAAAAGUACUUUAUUCGAUUAAACUCCAUGAACAAAGAUAGAAGGCGAUCCAGCAUACAUGAUAUCACCAGCGUUAACAACGGUGACGUUUUAGCUCCACAAGGACCAAUCACCGGUCAGACGAAUGGUGCUGCAACCAAUUCUACUUCCAAAGCAACCAAACAAGCCACCCCAGCCUCAACCGGAGUUGGAAUAUAUGCUGCUCCUACCAUUGGACAACCUGUAGGAGGACCCUUAGUAUCUGCAGUUGGCACUCCAGUGAACCUUCCUUCACCUGCACACAUGGCAUACGGUGUCAGGGCUCCGGUUACCGGUGCAGUUGUACCUGGUGCACCGGUAAACGUGAGUCCUGUCACAUAUCCCAUGCCACAUACAUCUGCUCCUCACAGGUGAAUUGCUGCUAAGAGGCCUUAAUGUACAAAAGCAACAAGAAACUAGUGGUGGCUUCAGUUGAUGUAAUUCUUUUCUAGACAAUUGCUUUUUGCUUAUUAUAUGCAGCAAUGAGUUAUAUGCAUAAUCAGUCGUUUCAAAUAAGCCAUGUGAGGAAGCAAUUGAAUGUAUCCGCAUAGGCUGCCAUGGAAUGCUUGACAGCCUUGACAUAGAACAGCAUAAACAGUACGGUUGUUUUGCAGACAUUUCAUUGCUGUUGUUAAACCGUGCUACAGAGGAAGGUUCUAUGGAUUUCAAGUGUAAAUUAUUGUUGCAUUCUCUUGGUUUUUGCUGGAAAUAUAAAAUGUUCAAUCAUCUAUCUACCUUAAUUUCACGUUUGUAUUA